AUGGGUGGUGGAUUUAGUUUUCGACUUUUGUAUCGAGUCGUUUUCUUCUCCUUCUGUCUGAUUUUCGCCUGUUUUUAUCAUGGUGGUGGUUCAGAGUAUGACAGGCGAGAAGAUAAAACAGAACCGAACAAAUUAAAAGAUGAAUUCAAAGGUAAAUCCUUGAAUGUUGCCGUCUCUCUCGAACAAGACGAACGCGUCCCUAACUUGACAGAAAAUGGGAAACAAACUGAUGGCCGCAAGGCGCGGAAGAAAACUGAUCUUUCAAAGAUGGUUAGAAAAGGUAAAAUUUGAAAAUGUGAGAAUGUUAGCACUUUCGAAGAAGUAAUUGUUAACCAUAAUUUAUUUUUAGGAACUGCGAUGAAAACAUUCCAAAGUGAAAGAAUACAAAAGAGCCCAGUACUGCCUUUUUCAACUUCAUUACCGUCUGAGGUAAACGUUCCACGCAAAGAAUCUACAACCAUCGCCCACUCAAAUGAGACAGAAUGGCAACGCGAUGGCGGUAAAAAUAUAUCUUCAUCGGAAAAUCAAAUUUUUCACCAGAAUGACUCGAGGGAAACAGCCAAAAGAGAAACGUUCGCUUCACUCGCAACUCAACAUCUCCGGAACAGACGUGAAAUUGAUGCGAUCUUGGAACGUCCAAUCGAAUGCACCAAUUUUACCUUUACUAUCAAGUACGAAGAUAACUACAGAGUAUGGAACAACUUUUCAAUGAUGCGCCAAAGCCGAAUGUACCGUUAUAACGAGUACAGAGUAACGGACGAUGGUCUACAAGUUUGUAAUUCUUCUGACCCCCGUAUUAAACAAAGAUAGCGGGAUUUGAUUGCUCGGGAAAAGGAAGUGUUGGCUUCCAAAUAUUGUAAUGUAUCCGUGGACGCGUUUUACUACUCCAAGUACACAUUAUACAGAAAUUUUACUGUUUUCUUCAAACCUACUGAGCAGAGUUUCACAAGGCAAGAUUACGGGGUGACUUUUGGAUAUUUUUAAUUUGUUCGGCAAAGCUCAGUCUGUCCUGCAAUGACUAUUUGGUUAAAGUAAAAUACGAGGAUUAAUACAACGUUUUGAAAAACUUUUCACUGCUUACAAAGAACAACAUGUACGAUUACCGUGAAUAUCGACUCGGAAACGAAGGUCUUGAAAUGUGUGCUUCCAAUGAUUCAAGAAUUCGGGCCAUUUGGAGAACACGAUAUUCGUGGGAAAAGUUUAAAUACCUUUAUACAUGCCGCGGAUCUGUUGAUAAAUUAUCAGAUCUAAGGUACUAUACCGUUAAUAAGCAGUUCACUGUCUAUACCGCAUCUAGGAGUCAAUAUUUCACAAGCAAUGACUAUGGGGUGAAAAACGGUAAACCUAACAAAUGCAAAGAAAAGUUCAGACCCGAAUAAACAGAGUAUACCCAGGAAGACAUAUUAAUGUGCAACGAUUCAAUCAUCAAUAUAACAUACGAUGAUGAAUACAAAGUUCGGACUGACUUUUCAAUUCUCUAUAACAACAAGGUGUACCAUUAUACUGAGUAUCAAGUUUUGAAUCCUGGCAUAAAGAUUUGUAACUCCACCGAUAACUACGUAAGAAAUAUUUGGAAAUUACGUAAUGACUGGGUAAAGGCGAGAAUGUAUCAAAAAAGUUAAUAAUAAAGCAAUAAACCCAUUCGAGAGUCUUGGUUGUACCGAUAGUAUUACAUUGUGAAUAAGCAGUUCACUGUCUAUUCGGCAGCAACGAGUCAGUAUUUUACAAAAAAUGAGUAUGGAGUGGAAGACGGUAAACCUUCUACAUGCGAGGAAAAGUUCACACCCGAAUCAACAGAGUAUACCCAAGAAGAUCUAUUAAUGUGCAACGAUUCAAUCAUCAAUAUAAAAUACGAUGAUGAAUACAAAGUCCAGUCUGACUUUUCAAUACUCUAUAUAAGAACAAGGUGUACGAUUAUACUGAGUAUCGAGUUCUGAAUGAUGGCAUAAAGAUUUGUAACUCCACUGAUAACUAUGUACAGAAUAUUUGGAAAGUACGUAAUAAAUGGGUAAAGGAGAGAAUACAUAAAAAAAGUUGCAAUAAACCCAUUCGAGAGUCUUGGUUGUACCGAGAGUAUUACAGUGUGAAUAAGCAGUUCACUGUCUAUUCGGCAGCAAGGAGUCAGUAUUUCACAAAAAAUGAGUAUGGAGUGGAAGACGGUAAACCUUCUACAUGCGACGAAAAGUUCAGACCCGAAUCAACAGAGUAUACCCAGGAAGAUCUAUUAAUGUGCAACGAUUCAAUCAUCAAUAUAACAUACGAUGAUGAAUACAAAGUUCGGACUGACUUUUCAAUAAUCUAUAAGAACAAGGUAUACGAUUAUACUGAGUACCGAGUUCUGAAUGAUGGCAUAAAGAUUUGUAACUCCACUGAUAACAACGUAAGGAAUAUUUGGAAACUACGUAAUGACUGGGUAAAGGGGACAAUAGAUGAAAAAAGUUGCAAUAAACCCGUUGCAUACAAUGAUUUCGACCGAUGGGAGUACACUGUGCUGAAGAAUUUUAAAGUUCGCAUUUUGGCAACAAAGAAGCUGAUAGCAAACAACGAUUAUGGUGUAGAUAAAGGUAAACGUAUAACAUGUGUGCCUGAAUGGGCCGAUUUUACCUUUACCAUAACGUAUGAAGAUGAAUACAGAGUAUGGAACAACUUCUCAAUGAUGUACCAAUGUCGAAUGUACUAUUAUGAUGAGUACAGAAUGACGGAUGAUGAUCUGCAGGUGUGUAAUUCUUCUGACCGUCGCAUUAAAGAAAAAUGGCGGAAUUUCAUUGUUUCAGAAAAGAUAACGAUAGCUUUCAAACAUUGUAAUGUAUCGGUGGACGGUUUUUCCUCCCAAAAUUACACAUUAGAUACAAACUUUACCAUUUUCUUCAAAGCUACCAAUCAAAAUUUCAGAUGGGAAACUUACGGAGUGAUUAUGGGGUAUUUUGCAAUUUGUUCAGGAAACCUCAGAUGGUCCUGCAAUGAUGAUUUGGUCAAAGUAAAGUACGGUGAACCAUACAAUGUUUUUAAAAACUUUUCGCUGUUUUACAACGACAAGAAAUACGAUUAUCGCGGAUAUCGAUUAAGCCACGACAUUCUUGAAAUGUUUGCUUCGAAUGAUUCAAGAGUUCAGGCGAUUUGGAGAACGCGAAAUUCGUGGCAAAAGUCAUUACCCGCAUCCUGUAAUGCAAGAUACUACACUGUGACAAAGCAGUUUGCUGUGUAUUCGGCAGAUAACGGUCAAUAUUUCAGAAGAAAUGACUAUGCGGUGAUAGACAGUGAACCUUACGUAUGCGGCAAAGAAAACUUAAGACCAAUUUACGUAAUUACAAACUUUAAGAUUAUUAUAGCACCAUUAUGUGCUUUAGCGCUUUCUAUUAUUUCUUUGCUAUUGUUGUUGAUAGUUUACUGCAUGCUUCCAGAACUGCGCACACUUCCUGCUUUGAAUUUAAUGAGUUUUAGCUUUGCCUUGCUGUUGUGGCAGACUUACCUUGUAGUAUUUUUGACACUGUAUUCUCAUGUAGGUAAACUGUUUGAGAUACCAUGUGCUAAGCAGUUUGUAACAAAUAAGUUUAUGACGUAUAGCAUAAUUAUGAAUGCUGCGGUUAAUAUCUAUCACUUAAGGAAAACAUUUUGCGGCAAUACUCUAGUGAAAUCUGAUGAACUGAAGAAGUGGAACAGAUUUUUGAAGUAUAGUUUCUUUAGCUGGGGAGUUCCUGUCAUUAUAACGAUUGUUUACAUUGUACUAGUAAAGAAAGAUGUUCUAAGGUUUGAUCAACCUAUUGCGUCUGUGAAGAACGACGUUCAAUCGAGCUUAAGAUUUUAUCGACGCAUUGCGAAUAGAAAGACGACGGCAAAUAAUAUAGGGAUUUAUCACCGUGUUGCAUCCUUGAAGGGAGAUGUCCUGCAGUCAAAGUCGACGUUUAAUCAAAGCAUUGACAUUGUAUUUGAAGAUGCCGAGUCAAAGUUUAAUCAAAGCACUGUAUUUGGGAAGGAAGAUGCGACGGAAGAUGAUGCAAGGAUUUAUCAACCUAUAGUAUCUUUGAAGAAAGAUGUUCAGUCAAGCUUAAAGUUUUAUGAGCGCAUUCUAUUCGCGAAUGGAGAUGGGAAGGAAGAUGAUGCAAGGAUUUAUCAACAGAUCUCUGGAAAUUGUAUCAAUGGUCGAAUUACUCCUGAUUGGUCAGCUGAUGUUGAUGUAUAUGGCCUUCAAGGUUGUCUUUUGUUGUACAUUAUUGGAAUGUUCAUCUUCACUGCUUAUCGAAUUCGCCAAAAACUCAAAGCAAGCAGGAACAUUGCACAGAAAUCGAAUGUUGUUAAGCGUCGUAAAUUUGUGAUAUUGCUCAAGCUGUCAACCACUACAGCCUUAAGUUAUUGGUUUCCUCUCUUCAUAUCUAGGAUUGUGGAUUUUGAUUUCGACAUAAAGAUAGCGUUGUAUACUGUAACGUUGCUUACUGGUGCCUACAUUGGUAUUGCGUUUGUCUUCACACGAAGAAAUUAUCAGUUGCUCAAGAAAAUUUUUUUACCAGCAAACAAUAAGCCAUCAGUUAACGAAAUUCCACUGAAUAGACUAUAG